AUGGAGCAAAACAAAAGCAACAUUGAUGCUGUUUACGAAAAUAAAAUCUUUACACAAAAGGUUUGUGAGGAAAACCAGGCACCAAUGACUUUAUCCAACCAACCCCUCCACGUUAUCAAAUUUUCCAUCGAGCCCAGUGAGGAUGGCGGUGGUCCACUUGAUGCUGAUAGCGCUCAUGAUCAACAAUAUUCGAAUUCAGUGGCAACGCCUGGAAUACUAACCAGCUACACCGAUUCCGAGAAUGAUGGAACGCCAUCAUCUCCAACCUCUUGCGCGUCGAUGGAAAAGGAACUUUUAAACUUCGACACGAAACAAGCUCCUGUCGACUAUCCAAGGCUCGACCAUAACAACAUGCAAGGUCUUGAGUUGGAUCUGGGAGAUUCACAAACAAAGUGUACAUACUCAGUAGAAUCUCCCAUUUUUCGACUACCAUCAGACAUCAUGGCUGAAAUCCUCGUAUUCUUGGAGCCAUCGGAAGUCUUGGAGGUAGUCUCAUCACCACUCUGCAAGAAGUGGUUGCAAUCGUACGCACAUGAUCAUGACUUGUGGAAAGUGCUCUGUACGUUGAAACCAUUCAAAGUGGACCAUGGCAGCUGCCAAGCGCCUACGAAUGAAGGCUUGCUAUAUUCCUUUAUCCAGGUAGAAGGCGAUCUAAGUUUCAAAGUAUCUCGUCACCGGCUAGUGUACAUAUCUUUUGUCCGGUGCGUAAAUUAUUUGAGAUCUUUGAAGCAGGGAAAUCGCAACACUACAUCUAUGAAACCAAGCGACAGAGGCAUUGGAAACGCACUAGGAGUUGCAACUCGAGAAGUCCCAUAUGGGAUUAUCAAUCGUAGAAGACUAGGCAAUGAAAUUCCUCCGCGAUCCAAAAUGGAGACCAAAGUUGAAAGAAAUCCACAAGGAUCGAAGCUUUAUGAUUCCGAAACAAUGCCCCCACCUAGCAAGAGGCCUCGCUAUGGAAAAUCUAUGAUUACUUCUAGACUCUUGGGGCCAUCCUCCGUAGGCGCACCAUCUCAUUUGACUCUUCCACGAUCUUGUGCUAUAUUCUCUGUGGUCAACUGGAUGGUGGCUCACGCUCAUGUAGAAGGCAUUCAGACCCUGUGCCUCGAAGCCUUGCCACAACUAUUGGAAGAUGAAGAGCAUCGCACAACUGCACAACGAGCUGACCUUUCCAAUGUUGUCUUUCGCACCAUGAUGGCAUAUCCAGGCUCGGUCAACCUUCACUCGGCGGCUUUCCAUACGUUAGUGCUUCUGGGGAGACCACUUGGUGGCCAAGAAGGCAUGAUUAUCGACCUGAUGGAUCGACCAGUCCUACAUGGUCUCAGUGCAGGUACUGCUGCCUUUUUGGAUCUGGAGGCAUCCGGAGGAAAUCGAUCAGAACGAAGAAUUCCCAUGGUGCUUGAUAGCAUGCGCCGUUUCGAGCAAGAUGAAAGGCUCCAGACGAGAGCCUGUUGGGCCUUGGUGAACCUUGCUCUGGUUCCGUCUCAAAAGAGUGUCAUUAUCCACAACGGUGGGAUAGAAGCAACACUACGAGCCAUGCAACAACACCCGAAAAGUCAUGGAGUCCAGUUUCGUGCCUUGUUUGCACUUAUCAAUCUCGCCGUUCCUUGUACAAAUUCAAAUAAUUCGACCCCAGCUGACCCUGUGCAAAACAGGAUUCUAGAUACCUGCGUGGAGAAAAUAGUCAAGCUGGCGGUCUCGGCGGUGAUGAACUUUCCAUCCAGCUCUUCCAUUCGAAACAAGGCUUGUCUGGUGUUGCACAACCUAUCCCUCUCUAGUGAUUACAUGAUGACGCUGUUAUGGACACGACACUGCUACAACCUGUUAUCUUUUUCCGCCAACAAUGACGCUGAUGACCAAGUAUUGCAACGAAGUUCCAUUGGUGCUGUCCAAAGAAUGCAUGACUUUAUGUCUCAUCGAGAAGGCCUCGAAACCGAAUUUUCGAGUUGGAUUGCUACCGAACCAGAUGUACCCUGUCUUGUGAGCUGA